AUGCGGACCAGCCUGCUGCUGCUGGCCGCCCUCCUGGCCCCUGCGCACGCGGGGCCGGCCUGGAGCGCCAAGUACGCGGUGGACUGCCCCCAGCGCUGUGACAGCCGGCGGUGCGCGGGCGGCCUGAGCUGCCGGCGGAGGGUGAUGGACGACUGUGGGUGCUGCUGGGUGUGCGCCGCCGAGCGCGGAGCCACCUGCUACCGCACCGUCGCGGGCGUGGACGGCAUGAAGUGCGGCCCGGGGCUGCGGUGUCAGUUUUACAGGGAGGAGGAUGAGUUUGGUGACGAGUUUGGUAUCUGCAAAGACUGCCCCUACGGCACCUUCGGGACGGACUGCAAAGGGACCUGCAGCUGCCAGCUGGGCAUCUGCGACAGGGUGACCGGCGAGUGCGUGACGUUCCCCUUGUUCCAGCACCCAGGAGCCAAGUCCGCCGGCGGAGCUGACCUGCGGGCAGAGCACGGCGUGGGGUCUGGAGACGGCAAUGCUGUGACCGGAGACCUCGGGAAAGAGAACGCGGCCCGGUCUCCCGUGAGGAAAUGGUUAAAUCCACGCUGA